AUGCACACGGACGCGCACUGCGAAGCCCUGGAUUUCGGCCAGGACCGCCUGCGGGCGCCUCGUGGCCCCGGCGGCUUCCCGGUGAACAGCGCGAAGUAUCGAGCCGAGCAGCCGAGGGACUACUCGCACUCGUGCCACCACAUCCCGGAGCUCAAGGAGAAAGAUCGGCGCAUCGGCGCGCUGGAGAAGAAGCUGCUGGUGUCUGAGGAAGCACGGCUGCAGCUGAACUCCGACAUCGACGCGCUGAAGGACAAGUUGGAGGCGGCCGCGGCGAUCAAGAAGCGGAACGAGACCAUCAUCCAGUCCCAGCAGCAGGCCAUUCUGCAGCUGCAGCAGGCGCUGCGCGCCCAGCAGAAGGCGGUGGAAAGUAUCCUGGGGGAGGAGGGGAUGGACGGCAAUUUCCGCAGCAUCCAAAAGGAGAUCGAGGCGAGCGACGCCAGCCUGCGGCGCGCCGUCGCUCGCCCGAGCCCAGGCGGCCCUGGGCCCGGCGUGGGCGCCCCGCGGGUUGGCGGCGGCGGCCCCGCGGCGGUGGCGCGCGAGCGGCCUGCAGAGUCCUUUGGCUACGGCUUCGGGCUCUUCGGUGGAGAGGAGGAGGAGGAGGAGACAAAGGGUGUUGGGGCUGGGAAACACCGUUUUCAGAUUGGCCCAAAGGGAAACCAAGGGAACACAAUUACGUACGCAUUUUGGUUUGCAAGGAGAUUUCAACAUGAUAACCUGCAAUUUUUCUUUGAUUGCAGGUUGGCUUACGCAACCAAUUGGGGGGCCCAUCCUUUUUCCCCAGAUAGCUGA